GUGAUGCCAGUGUGGAGCUGAGGCAACCACUCAUUACUACGGUUUGUCGUUCCUAGGAAACCAGGAUUCGAGCUGUGGAUAAGGACUCCAAGAGACGAACUAGUAACUUCUCUGUUAUCAACCCCGUGUCUGGCGAGUCUGUGAUGCAACUUUUUGCUACUGACAGUAGGGAAGAACUUCAUAAGUGGAUGGAGGCCUUCUGGCAGCAUUUUUAUGAUCUGAGCCAGUGGAAACAUUGUUGUGAAGAACUUAUGAAAAUUGAGAUUAUGUCACCACGGAAACCACCUUUGUUCCUGACAAAAGAAGCGACCUCCGUCUACCAUGAUAUGAGCAUCGAUUCUCCAGUGAAACAUGAGGGCUUAGCUGAUAUCAUACAAAGAAAAAUCGAAGAGAGCGACGGCGAGUUCCUGCUUGGCCAGCAAAAAGAGGCUGCCUCUCCCUUAUGGGCUUCACUCUUUGAUGGAUCUCAUGAGGUGGUGGUUCAGAAAAACACGCACCUGGGCCCAAAAAGGGACACCACGAGUCCUAAGGAUAGUAGAGGGAAGAAAAGAAGAGCUCCACCUCCACCCUCCGAUAAGUCACCGUACAGUGCAAAAGCACAGGUGAACACAGGGCAACUGGGCAAGGAAAACUGGGAGGAGUCCAACCGCACAUCUGCUGGUAGCUCUGCCUUUGACUCCAAGUCAUCCGGGAAAGCGCAGCAGUUGCAGACACCCAUCGCUGCUCCUCGCAGGAUGGGUCCUUGUCGGAAAAGCAGUUUGGCUGGCCAUGGGAAUCCCAUUUCACUGGUUAGCAAGACUGAGCCUGAAACCAGAUCGGUACGAACCCCUAGACAGAAACGCAUCGCGGAAAUGUUAGACCCGAGAUCGUGGCUGCAGCCGUAG